GCCUCCCGCCACUGGCGUCCUGCCACGAGGCGGAUCUCCUCGGGCCGAGGCCCGCGACGGCCACCUCGUGCCAGCUUGGACGCCGUGCUCUGCUUUGGACAGCCUACUCUUAACAACCCUGCCCUUCCAAAGCAUAUUAUACCCAACUAUAUAAGCGCACAGCACAAGCGAACACAAACCACCCACACAAAGCACAAGGCGAAGCAGAGCAGAGCCAUCCCAAUUGCCUCCACCAGCACACAAGGAACAGACCAACAGGAACUACAAGGGGGAAGGCAGAGGAGGAGGAGAGGGCCAUUCUUGCGGCGGCGGAGGCGGGCCGCUGCCGCUGCUGCUGCAAGAAUGGCAAUGGGCGUCGGGGAGUGGACGCGGGGGCCGGCCAUCGGGCGGGGCUCCUCGGCCACCGUGUCGCUCGCCGUCGACCGAAGCACGGGCGCCGUCUUCGCGGUCAAGUCCGUGGAGGCCUCCCGUGCGGGGGAGCUCCGGCGGGAGCAGAGCAUCCUCCGCGGCCUCAGCUCGCCCCAUGUCGUGCGGUGCGUGGGCUACUCCGGCGCUUCGUCGGCGGCGGCUUGCGACCUGUUCCUGGAGUACGCGCCCGGCGGGUCGCUCGCCGACGAGAUCAAGCGUUGCGGCGGGCGGUGCGAGGAGACCCUGAUCCGGUCAAGGGCGCGCGACAUCCUGCGCGGGCUGGCGCACGUCCACACCGCGGGGCUCGCGCACUGCGACGUCAAGGGACGGAACGUGCUCAUCGGCGCCGACGGCCGUGCCAUGAUCGCCGACUUCGGGUGCGCGCGCCGAGUGGCCCUGGAUGUCAGCGGCGGCAUUAACGGCGGGAGGAUGAGAGGCGGAACACCGAUGUUCAUGGCCCCCGAGGCCGCGCGGGGCGAGGAGCAGGGGACGGCGGCCGACAUCUGGGCACUCGGGUGCACGGUCAUCGAGAUGGCCACAGGCGGCGCGCCGUGGCCGCGGUUCGUCGACCCAAUCGCUGCGCUCCACCACGUCGCGUUCUCCAGCGAGGUCCCGGAGUCCCCCCAUUGGUUGUCGGAGGAUGGCAAGGACUUCUUGGCCAGGUGUUUCAGGCGGGACCCAAGGCAGAGGUGGACGGCAGAGCAGCUGCUCGAACACCGGUUCGUGGCCACCGCCGCCUCGUCCUCAUCCAAUUCAAUCCCAAGGAACAGCGAAAAGGAUAUGUUCACGUCCCCCAAGUGCGUCCUUGAUCAGGCCUUGUGGGGCGAAUCGACGGCGGACACCGACGCGGCCACGACGCCAAUUGACAGACUCCGUGCACUGGCCGCCGGCGCGCCGGUCGUGCCGGACUGGACCUGGGACGCGAACUGGAUCACGGUCCAUCGCGGCGAAGGCGAGCACCCAAUGCCGCCGGAGCUGGAGGCAGACACAAGCAAUGAUCCCCUCGUCCGGAGCUCUGCUGCCGCGAGCGUCAGUGGCCUCCCAACAGCCGAGGAGGAAGCUUCACAUGGCCAUGGCAAUUUUUACGGCGAUGCGAUUAGUAGCUGUAGUGGGGAUUCCACUGACAACUUUUGCGGUGGUAAUCAUGUGGUUAGCGAUUGUAACCUUGCAAUCACAAGCAAUGGAUUCUUUCAUAGAUGUUCUGUUACUUUUGUUUUUCUAGUCCCAGCUGGCAACUUACGUUUCUCAUGUUCGGUUUUUUUUUUUUUUUGCUCUUUUUUCUCUCUUACUUUUUUAUCCCAAUUAUACAACCAACAAUGUGCGACUUCAAGCUAGCAGCGUGGCGUACGGUUCAGCUGAUUGGUAUCGCCAAAACACACAUCAGGCAAGCUCCUCGGCCGAGAAUUUUUUUUGUGUGUCUGGUCAUGUGAAACGCGUGACUCGCAAUUAGG